UAUUCUUAAUUUGACAGCAGUGAUACUUGUCGUCUGCUGUUGACAACAGUGGAUAGAAAAUGUCAGAAGAUGAAAAGUUUUUCUUUUCAAAAACAGUUCAACAUUUGGCCAGAUCUUUAGCAGGAAUAACACCUACACCUUGGGAGAAAGUCAAUGCACUCUACAAGCGAUGUCCCCAAGAGAGUUCUGGCGUCUUUCGAUUGGAUCAAAGGGGCCAAGAUGCAACAAUCGCACUUGGAAUUUACUUCUUGGAGUCGGGAUUGCAGCAUCGCGACCGAAUUCUCCCUUAUUUAUUGCGACUCUUGCGUGGUCUUCCCAAAGCUGUGUGGCUGGAUGAAAUAAUUUACAAUAGAAUAGAACGAGUUCCUGUCGCUGAGCGGUUCAGCUUUUGCUUGAACACAUUGAUGAGCGAUAUUGCUGCAAGAUGUGAAUCAGCUAGAGAAGAAAUUAUUGCCACUCAGGUUGAAAUACUAGCCGUUUUAACAAACCUUAUUCGAGGCAGUAGCGUUCAGAACAAUGGCAGAGGACUGCAGGCUAAGAUACUCUUGUGCAAAUGUUUAGUUCCGGUGUUGAUAGGAUUGGCUCGCUCGAUGGGAAGAUUUAUGUUCUCAGAUCCUCCGUUACUCUGUCGUUUGUUUCCACGACCAAAACCACCAGUAUCUGCAGUUGUAUUUGAUAAUUUGAGCAACAAGAAAAGCACUCACUGCUCUAAUUUCCAACCAAUUAUUCCUCGUUCCUUAAGCGGCAAUUUAAAUAUUAAUCUUCCCAUUGACAACACGGCGGUUUCAUUAUCCAGCAACGACUAUGAUAAUCGCCCUUCACUGCAAUCAUACUCAUCGGUGCCAUACGAUCCAAGCAGUUACUUUUUUCACAAGUAUGGUUCUAGUUUUAAUCAGUUUCCUCAAAUACGACAAAACGAAAGUCUUUAUACAAGAACAAAUUUACAACUGAGUAUCGUGCAUUUACAAAGUGUUCUUGCAUUAGCCAAAAAACUCCUCAUGAAAGAUACUUUGACUUUUCUUGAUGAAGAGGCGCAACAGGUCUACAGUUCUGGAGCAGUACAAAUCUUCCCGUACAAAUCCUUUAGUGAAACAAUGAACUUAGUUAUGGUAGCUCUUCUAAGAGAGUUGCUACAAGGCCAAAGAGACUUACCAGUUCCAUUCACUCGAGAUGUGCAAGAAUUUAUGAAAGGCUUGUUCCUCUCUGGGCAAACGGAACUGCAGUCACGACAGCAAUAUGAUACAACCGAUCGCGAGUUGAUGGAUGUGGAUUACAAAUCAGUUAAUAGGUUCAAAAUGAAUGUCAUGGCUAACUCUGCUUGUGUGGACAUUUUGGUUUGGGCUAUUGGUGAUGAAACAGGAGCCGACAGUCUGUGCAGCCGACUUACGGAAAAAAUUUAUUCAAACUAUAGUCACAAAUUGGUUCUUGCACAUAUGCCGUUACUAAUGGUCUGUCUAGACGGUUUAGGUAAACUUGCACAGAAGUUUCCUAACAUUGCAACUACUUCUAUAUAUAAUUUACGCGAUUUCCUCGUGACACCUUCACCAAUUCUUCUCAAGCUGUAUCGACAAUUCAAGGAGCGUGAUAUUAAAAGCAAAUUUAAAGUUACAUUGCAAGAUAAUGAAAUGAAAGAAACCAGCAUAAAGCAAAGUUCUUCCUUAACUGAAAUGGCAUUUGAGACCUUGCGAGACUCAGCGAUUCGAAAUCUGUGUGUGGCUCUAGAAGCUGCACAUUCAGUGGAUCCUGAUUGUGUUCCGGCUCUAGUAGCAAGUGUUUCAAAUAGACUUUUUACUUCAGAGAAGAGUGACAGUGAGAACGAUAAACAGAUCACGAAUGAAUUAAUCUCAACAAAUAUUGUAAUAAUGUUAGGACAUGUAGCAGUCGCCCUUAAAGAUAAACCAAAGACUACUCGAACUAUAUUGCAAUUCUUUCAGCAGCGUUUUUGUCGAAAACAAAGCGCAUUGGAUGCUUUAAUUGUAAAUCAGUUAGGAUGCAUGGUUAUUGCCAAAUGUGGGACAGGCGAAGGAAAUGAAAAAGAAUCCAUAUCACAAGUUUAUGAGGAAAUUAUGCGAAUGUUUUGGAUGCCCCUUGUACCGACAGACGAUCGUCAGAAAUACUUACACGUCUCCUCUGCAGUUACUAACGCUCUCGCUAAUAUUGCUGCGAACAUACAGGGAGAAUCCGAAUUAGACGACUUACUUCUCCGUCUUCUGGAGCUUUUCGUACAGUUGGGCCUUGAACCUAAAAGAACAAUUGACAAAUCUGCAAAUAAUGUGGCUGCCACUAUGAAAGCUUCGAGUUGUUCGAGUGGAAUGGGAAUUUUGAUACCCGUUAUAGCAAUUCUAGUUCGAAGACUGCCUCCCAUUAGAAACCCCCGUCCACGAAUGUUGAAAAUCUUCAAGGAUUUCUGGCUAUACUGUGUCGUGAUGGGAUUCGCGUCGGACUCUUCAAGUGGAAUGUGGCCUCGAGACUGGUACACAGGCAUCAAGGAGAUAGCUAUAAAAUCUCCAUAUCUUGUUUUUCAAAUAAGUUCAAGAGUCGAAAUGCGUGAGCUGCAAUUCACGUCCGUCGUCAGAAAUGACAGUGUUUCGCAGAACGAACUUCAGGAGUUCCGAAGUCAAAUACUUAAAAUGAGCAGCAAAUCGAGCGACGUUUCUCAGUGCGUCACGAAAUUGCAGUUCGCUCAGUGCACGUAUCUUCUGUCUGUUUACUGGCUAGAAACACUGAGGGUGGAGAAUAGUCCUGAGCCGAGUUUGCAGCCAAUCAUGGAGUACCUGAGUGACGCUGCCUUGCUGAAAGACAAGAGUGGCAUGUGGCUGUGCAUUUGCUGCGUUGGCGAUGCCGUGUUCACGAAAUUCAAGGACGUUAUGUAUCGGAAGCCCAAAAACGAGAAACGAGAGCAACAGUUGGAGGAUCACGCCAAAUUUCUCUUGGUUUAUUUCAAUCAUAUUCACAAGCCACUCAGACGAAUUGCUGAUAAAUAUUUAAGUGCUUUAAUAGAUACGUUUCCUCAUCUGCUUUGGAAUUGUAAAGUUCUGUGGACAAUGUUGGACAUUUUAUUAGUUUUGUCUUAUUCUCUUCACUUGGACCCGAAUGAAGAAACGCCUGAAUUACAAAUACCUGGCACACUCUACAGCAUUCAAUUAAUGGAAACUAUUGAUGCUCGAGAGAAUAUAGUGAAAGAUUUCAAAGCAAGAUGCAAAGAAAUCGUGCAGGAGGCUAUGAAAUGGGCGCCAAACGCAACUCGCUCACAUCUGCAGGAGUACAUCAACCGCAUUCCUGCUUCUGGCACAAGUGCUUAUGCUAGUUAUGCUAUGGCAGCCGAUUCUAUUCUGGAAUUCGUCGACCUCGCUCUUCCGACAGCAACAACUACUGUUCUGACCAGCACCUUGGACAAGAGGGCUCGAGCGAAAGGCGCUAAUUCUCGGCUUCUGUCAAUGAUGUCGACUCGUUCUUGGUAUGCAGGAGAAGUUGCAGGAAUGCUCAGCCUCGCCGAAGAGGUGAGAGAUGACAAAUCGCAAUCUCCAAAUGGCACGAAUCAUGUAGGUCAGAACACGGUUGCCAAAAGAUUGAUUGAAACUGUCUCAAAAGCCUGCGAAGAAGGAAAUGACAAAGAACACAGAAGUGCUCUUUGGAGGACAACAGCUCUUCUAAUUUCAAUUUCAGGAAUACACAGACCAUUGUUGCACACAGUCGCCUGGUCGCAGGUCAAACUGUUUACAGAAGCGGCAAUGUCCACGGCAGUCGAUUGUUGGCAGUGGAUUUUCACAGCUCGUCCGGAUCUAAAACUUUGCUUCUUGCAGGAAAUGCUCGCAGCUUGGCAAUAUACAGUUGAAAAACGAAUCGGACUGUUUUCUCCAGAAGAAGAGGAGGACGUGAGUCCUUUAGCUGUAUAUGAGGGAUGCACAAUUGGUCCCAAUCCUCCCGACGUGAGACCUCACGAAAUUUGGGUGACUUUCAUUAUGGAACUCAUAGAAACAGCAAAGUAUUGCUGUCAGGAAACUGUGGAGAUGAUUUCAAUGCUACUCCAUCGUUCGCUGCCCAUGACAGUUGGAUCUCAGAAACACGAACCUCAUUUAAACCGACAUGUAGCAGCUGUAGGCACUCGAUUUAAACUUCUUUCCUGUGGACUAAUCUUACUUCAAGGUGACACAUUGCCACGAUCAUUGAGCACGAACGUUUUGCGUGAACGAGUUUACUGUAACAGUUUAGACUAUUUUUGUCGUGAACGACAAAGUCCGACUCAAGCACCAGUCCAACUUUCAGAAGACAUUUUAACCCUUAGACGUUUUUGGCAGAUAAUGAAAAAUGAUAAAAAGCAUCUGCUGAUGACAAAUGGCGACGGAGAGUUUGAAAUCAUUAGAUCACACAUGGGCACUGCGUCCACUACUGGUGGGGCCAAUGACUUAAUCAAUUCGCCAACGUUGAGUAAUUCCGAGUUGGGGAAAUCUUCCACUUCUGGAUGGAUAAACACAAUACCUCUUUCAGCUAGUAACAACACUCUCAGUAAACGCAGCAAUCGUAGCAAGCGGAUUGUUACUGGCAAUUUCUUCGUUAAGGACUAUAUUAAAAAGAGAAAUCUUAUUCUCGAACUCUUGGCUGUGGAAAUAGAAUUGUUACUGGUUUGGCGAAAUCCAGGCGAUAGGCCAGAUCUUGCAGUGCAAGGAGAGCAGAGUAUAGCAGAAUGGCGAUUAAAAACCAUCAAUGAGCGGUGGCGUGAGUACACUCGGAUGGCGUGGGACAUCAGUCCUGUGCUGGCCGUCUUCUUACCUGUUCGGUUGAAGAAUUCGGAAACUAUUGUCAAGGAAGUCUGUCGGCUAGUGCGCCUUCGACCCGUUAGUGUGAUGCACGUGCCGGAAGCUUUACAAUAUUUGGUCACAACGGAUCUUUUGCUGCAUGACGCUCCUGAGUUGGUCUACAUGCUGUCAUGGGCAAGAGUCUCGCCUAUCCAAGCCUUGGCCUACUUCUCGAGACAGUUUCCUCAUCACCCAAUUUCAGCGCAGUAUGCAGUUAGAGUUUUGGGGAGUUAUCCCGCGGACGCAGUUCUUUUUUAUAUUCCGCAACUUGUCCAGGCGCUAAGGCACGAUUCAAUGGGUUACAUUACGGAGUUCAUCAAGACAAUUUCAAAGCGGUCGCAGGUUGUAGCACAUCAGUUAAUUUGGAAUAUGUACACGAAUAUGUAUGUGGAUGAAGACAAGCAGAUUAAAGAUCCUAUACUUUUCGACACACUAGAUUCCCUAGUCGUAUGUCUCUUGAGUGCUCUUUCAGGACCAGCGAAACAAUUUUACGAAAGAGAAUUUGACUUCUUUGAAAAGAUAACAAGUAUUUCUGGUGAAAUUCGGCCAUAUCCGAAAGGAAUAGAAAGAAAGCAAGCAUGCCUCCAGUGCUUAAGGGAAAUCAAAGUUCAACCCGGAUGCUAUUUGCCCUCAAAUCCAGAAGCGAUGGUGGUCGACAUUGAUUACAACAGCGGCACGCCUAUGCAGAGCGCUGCCAAAGCACCGUUCCUUGCUCGUUUCAAAGUACAACGCUACGGAAUUAACGAACUGGAGAACAUUGCAAUGACUGUUUCGUCAAACAUGAAGGCGGACACAAAGAAUAUAGGAAUUCAAACCUGGCAAGCAGCUAUUUUCAAAGUUGGAGAUGAUGUGAGACAAGACAUGUUAGCUCUUCAAGUCAUCAGUAUAUUCAAGAACAUAUUUCAGAAAGUGGGACUCAAUCUAUUUUUAUAUCCGUACAGAGUUGUUGCAACUGCUCCUGGUUGCGGCGUGAUAGAAUGUGUUCCAAAUGCAGAGUCCAGAGACCAACUCGGUCGUCGGCAAGAUGGAGGAUUGUAUGAAUAUUUCAUAUCAAAGUAUGGCGAUGAGAAGACAAACGAAUUUCAGAACGUGCGACGCAAUUUCAUAAAAUCAAUGGCUGCCUACAGCGUCAUCACAUAUCUGCUUCAGAUCAAGGAUCGACACAACGGAAACAUCAUGAUCGACAAUGAGGGUCACAUUAUUCACAUCGAUUUUGGCUUCAUGUUCGAGAGUUCCCCUGGUGGCAAUUUAGGCUUCGAGCCUGACAUUAAACUGACAGACGAAAUGGUUUUGGUGAUGGGUGGCAAAAUGGAAGCUGCGCCUUUUCGAUGGUUCAUGGAACUCUGUGUGCAAGCAUUUUUAGCCGUCAGGCCCUAUCAGGAAGCCAUAAUUUCGUUGGUCUCGUUGAUGCUGGACACGGGAUUGCCUUGCUUUAGAGGCCAGACCAUAAAGUUGUUGAGAAGCCGUUUCGCACCCACGUCUACAGACCGCGAAGCUGCAAUAUUCAUGCUCAACGUCAUACGGAACAGUUACAUCAACUUCCGCACUAAAGCUUACGACAUGAUUCAGUAUUAUCAAAAUCAAAUUCCCUAUUGAAGUGCAUUUAAAAUUCAAUCAAUUUAGUCUUUCAGAGUUUAUGCAUGUAAAAUAUAGAAUUUAGUGGUCGGUAAGAAAACAAAACAUAUAUUCCAUUCUUACAUUCCUCUCUAAAAAUAAUGACGUUAUAAAUGAGACACUUGUAUAUGAGAUAUAUGAGAAACUUCAAAACUAUCAUAAUUAUGUACAAAAGAGGAUCCGAAAUAGAAUUCAACUAAAUUAAUAACAAUUACCACCUGAAAAUCUUAAUUUCUUUAUUUAUUUAAGCACAACAUUUAACUGCACCUAAUAUUUUUAUGAAUGGUUUUUAUUUCAAUUUCGGAUUUUUUACUAAUAUGAAAAAUAAUAUAAUUGAAUGUUUACUGUAUAAACAUUUUUUGUUCGAAACAAAACCUUUAAAUUUCAACAGUUUAUUGUUUUGAACAACAAAAUGUGUAGAUAUUUUAUUUAAAGAGAAAAAAAUAUACUUUACAAAGUUUGACACAGAAAUAAAUGAUCUUUUUCACGUCAUUAUUUUCAAUUGGAGCGUUCACAUUAGAAAUUUUGAUAAAUUUCCACUUAAAGUAAAAUUAUUUAUUGUAAUAUUUAAUAAUUAUUGUUUUAGGGUUGAAUAUAAACAUGAAGAAAUAAUUUAUCGCUACUUAAAGUUGAAGAACUUUUUAAUUUUCAGGAUUUCUAUGCACCUCUAAUAAUUAUUCGUUUGUAAACUUGUGGCUAAGGUUGAGAUAAUAAUUUUAAAAAAUAUUAUUAAGCCCUUCGAUUGUUGUAUAGUAUGUUGUAUACAUUCUCUAGAACGUUUCCUUCUGUAUUUAGAUGUAAAUAUUUAAAUAUUGUUGUGAAAUAUAUAUUAUUUAUGUUGACUUGAA